AUGGCUUCAAGCGGUGAAGAUAAAUUAUUGAAAGUUUGGAGUAUUGACAAUUGGAGACCCGUGCCUAAACGUGUGGUCUCAAUUGCAUUCAAUUCCCAAGGAUCACAAAUCAUUACGGCAGACAAAUUUGGAGACGUUUACAGAUAUCCAAUAAACGCAUCAAAUGACAAUCAGAAUGCUGUAGAUUUAUUGUUAGGUCAUGUCUCAAUGGUCACUGAUAUGAUUUUAACUCCUAAUAAUAAAUUUAUUAUAACGGCUGACCGUGAUGAACACAUAAGAGUCAGUAGAUUUCCAAAAGGUCAUAAUAUAGAAUCAUACUGUUUAGGCCAUACACAAUUUUUAUCAAAAUUGCAUAUAUUACCUUGGUCAACUGAUUUUUUGUUGUCAGCAGGUGAACAAAACGAAAAAAAAUUAUUAACUUCAGAGUACAAUAAUAAUGAAUUUGCUGUGACCACAAUCACAAGCAGUUCAAUUUCAAAACACAUCGCUUUGGUUAUAGAAAAAUUUCCUGGAGUAGUAAUCUUGAAUUGGAAUGAGACCAAUCAAUCUAUUGAGUUUAAAACAAUUUUAUAUUCAAGUAUUGAUCCACUUGAUAUUGCGUACGAUCUUCGAGGAAACUUGUGGGUUUCGAAUUCAUUAUUAAGUGAUGACGACGAUAAAGAUGAUAAAGAAUUAAUAACUUUAUUUAUAAGAAAUGAGGAUAAUGAUCGGUAUGAAAAAAGUUCUAGUGACCAUCCUUUAUUAAUUCAAAUUAACAAGUAUGGGUCUGUUCAAGUAGUUGAUAAAAUUCCAGAUUUGUAUCCAAUUGGCCAACUUCUUGAAAGCAAUGAAGAAUCACAAAAUAAUGAUAAUGCUGUUAAUAAAUCAUCAAUAUCAAAAACUCAAGAAAAAAAGCCAAAAAGAAAUGUUGAGAAAAAGAAAAUCAAACUGAAAUAA